AUGGGCAGGGCCACGAAGCAAAACAACCACUCUACGGUCUCGGAUUGGGUCAACAGGGAUCCAAAGACGUGGAACGCAUUCCAGAGGCUUCACAACAGUGUUUUCUCUCCCAACCGGGCGCCAGGACUCCCAGUUCCGCAAAAGAUGCCUGUCAUCUCGAUGCUCUCGCAACACAUGUUCAUCAUAAGUUUCAUAAUGGUGCCAUUGUCACUCCAUCAAACCUAUGUGUUCAUGACUGGACACAGUCUUGCCAAGCUGCCGACGUUUCUACUCUAUACCAGCGGCUACAUUCUUUCUACAAUCCAGCUUGCGCGUGUACUAGGCCAUCUCGCGCAUAGGGUCGGCUACUUGGACAACAAUGUGGCUCGCGAUGGCCUCGCCAACACUGCGGCGGGAAAAUUGAUCUCAGAGCUUGCAAUGACGACUGGUUUUCGACUCGCAAUGGCAGUCAUCCUAGCAUACAACGUCGACAGCUCUCCCUGGGAGGCGCUGGGCGGUUUCCAGGCAUGCAUCUCUCUGCUGGUCAAGCUUAGUCUGUACGGCCCUGUUCUGGACCUCUUCUUCUACAUAUAUCAUCGGGCGUGCCAUGAGAUACCUGCCUUGUGGAUGUAUCACCGCACGCACCACCUCAACAAGCACCCAACGACAGUCCAUGCUGCCUUUGCAGACGAAGAGCAAGAAAUGAUCGAAAUGGUACUCGUACCUGCUCUGACAUAUACCACAUUCUGGUUCGCUGGGUACCCGCUCGGCUUCUACGAAUGGUGGGUGUGCCUACAAUACAUUACAUACCCAGAACUAGUUGGACACAGUGGACUUCGAGUCUACGCGACGCCACCCACUCCAACUUCAUGGUUCUUUCAACUGCUGGGGGUAGAAUUGGUCCUGGAAGACCACGACUUGCAUCAUCGCAAGGGAUGGAAGAAGGCUGUCAACUAUGGCAAGCAAACAAGAAUCUGGGAUCGUCUUUUCGGCACGUGUGGCGAGAGAAUCGAAACGGUACAGGGUAACGUGGAUCUAGAAAACAAGAUAUAUCUCCCGAUAUUCGUACAAAAUACAGAAUAG